GCGCCUCUGACAGUGGACGGCUUUGAUUCAUGGUGUUGUGGAGUCUCAUUUUUGGGUUUAGAGAACAAUUAAUGCCACCAGACUGCAACGCAUGAAGGUAGAGAAGAUGAAUGUGGAGGCUCUGAGCAGAGCAGAGUUGCUGACUCUCCUCAGUAUACUGGAGGGAGAACUUGAGGCCCAGGAUGUAGUCAUUCAUGCUCUCAGGGCCCGGCACAGAGAUGCUUUUGUCCAGGAGCGCUACGGACAAUACAACCUCAGCGAUCCCUUCCUGGCUCUGCAGCGGGACAACGAGGCCGCCGAGCGCCAGCACACGCUUUCUCAACCUCACACGCACCUGCAGGGCCGAGCAGAGGGCCCGAACCCUCUGGCUGUGCUCAAACUGGUCAUGACUCACUGCAAGAGGAUGCAAGAGAGGAUGAUGGGACAGCUGGCGGCGGCUGAGAACCGGCACAGGCGGGUGAUGUCUGAUCUGGAAAAGGAGAAGCAACGUCAUGCCCAGGACUCUGCACGGCGAGCUGAUUUUGUCGUCAUGCUGCAGACAGAGAGAGACAAACUGCUGCAGCAGUUGGAGGCAGAGCACACCACGGUGCUGAGACUGGAGAAGGAACAGGCGCAAGUGGUGAACAAGGUGGAGGAGUCGCUGUCGGAGCAGCAGCAGCUCUCCUCCAACCUGACGGUGGAGCUCCAGAGGGCCAGCAGCCAGGCUCAGGAGGAGGCUCAGAAGGCCUCGCACCUCCGCGCGUUACUGCAGGAGGAGACCAGUACGCUGGAGAAGCUCCGGGAAGUCCUCGAGGGUGAAAAGAGCAGGGCGGCCCAGCUGGAGGCUAGGUCAGAGAGGCAGCAGGCUGAGUACGACGCGGAGAGACAGCAAAUAAAAGCCAGGCUUGAAGCGGAGGAGGAAAAGAGCAAGCAGCUCCAGAAGCAGGUGGAGGAACUGAGGAAGAGACUGACUGAAUCUCAAGGAUGUAAAGAAGAGGUGAAGGAGGCGGUGAUGGAGGCAAACAAGUCACAUCCCAAGAGGAUGGUGUCCACCGCCGUCCAGACCGAGCUGGAUGGAAAGGUGACAGUGAUCCCUAAAUCCACAACACUGCCAAAGGUCAACGGCCUUCACACUCAUAAAGACACAAGCUCAUCGCAGGAGGGAAGAGGAGCAGAAAAUGGAGUUGACACUGGAGUUGGAACACCUUUGCAAUUCCCCGCUCAUACUCAUCCUCAUCCUCACUCCCCCUCCAGCACUGCGUCGUCCUCCCUCUCCUCUUCCCCCAUUUCCUCUCCAGUUCUGGCCAAGCGUCUGGGAAGUCCAGGCUUCCAUCAGUCCUCCUACCAGGCCGGGGUCAAUCAGAGAUUCCAGGCUGCCAGGCACAAGUUCCAAAGCCAGGCGGAGCUGGAGCAGCAGCAGGGUGGGCCCCUCUCCCCCAGAGACCUGUCCCCCACCACCUCAUCCACCCCUCCUCCACCGGAGCACAGCACAGCCAAACAGCUGGCCCGAAACACCGUCACCCAGGUGCUGUCCCGCUUCACCAGCCAGCAGGCCGGAGUCAAGUUGGCACCGGUCAGCAGCUCUCCAUUUGGAACAGACUACCGUAAUAUAGCAGCCUCUCCUCCGGGGGGAAGGUCGCCCUCUUCAGGUCCAUUAUCUCCAGGGAUCCGCUCCCCCCUCACCCCUCGCUCUGAGAAGACUCACCCUCCUCCAAUCCCACCCAAGAGGCCGGGGAUAAGUCCGACUCCAGGCUCGCCAAUUCAUUCCGCUCGGAUAACCCUUUUCCCCGAGCUGACGGGGAACCUCGGACACAGCAACAGCGGGCAGGAGGCAGCCAAGGAAUCAGACCUGGUUUUAUCCUCCAGCAGCUAAUGGUCCAACAUAAACUCAUUACUAAACGUUUUAGGACAGUUAGUAUUCAAAUUCAAAUUGGAGUUAUCUCUUGGCUAUCCCUUCCUGACUUUAUAGUGUGCAUUUUUUUUUAAAGAGAUGCUGUGUUUAUUACACUAUUGUCUCUAUACCACAGCCUGAAAAAUAUUGUUUUGAUGUUCCUCCUGCAUUUAUAAUGAAUUAUUCUUUAAUUUAGACUUUACAUAUUUAUUAGUUUCUGCCUAUUCUAUAUUAAGACUGUUGAAAAAAAAAACUACAUAGAAAACCAGAAGGGUUUUCUUUCAGGAAAGAAACAUCAAGGGAUUCCACAGUGCAAAUAUGGCUUACCUUCCCUGUACUGCAUCAAACUCUAGUCUUGUUGAAAGGGAAAAUGUACAAACAGAAGGGAUAAAAUGUGCGUAUAUGGAGCAGUAUAGACAAUGUUUUUAAAAUGUUCCCUAUGGGUACUUAUGCAAUUUUUUGGAGAUGCACCAGAAUAACAUUUGAAUGGAAAUAUUACAUAAAUCAGUUUAUUUGCCACUGAUGAACAUCACACAUAUGUAGUGUUGUUUCUGUUGUGAUCAAAUCAAAUCUUGUCUCAAAGAGGGAGAGCACCGUUUGCACUGCAUUUCUUUAUGUCUACACUCAUUCUUUUCCUUUCUUCAGGGAAUUCUGAAUCCUGCUUUACCCAAAUAAGAAUGACAAAGCUUCAUGUUUUAUAGAAAAUCUUUAAGAUAUUCAUAAUUUUUAACAUAAAGGGCACUAAAGUUUUUACAGUUGCUAUUGUAAUUAAACAUGUAUUUCUUAAACUUAGCUUUGAUUAAAUGUAAAAGUGUUAGACGAGAUGAUUUUAUUAGGUAUACCCUUUUAUGUCUCUUGUGUCAUUGGCAAAUUAGCUAAUCGUGAACACCUGCAACAUUCAGGGCUUAAAAUAAAUUCUACAGACAUCAAUACUUCUUGUUUCUGUACAGUGUAUCUGACGGACAUUUUGGUCAGAGAUGAUCUGUGGAUGCCACUAAAGGAAAAGAAUGCGGAGAGAUGUUCAGUCCUUUUAUUUUAACAGAAUGGGGCAGUACAGUCUUGAAGUAAAGAACUCGUCGGCACACAGAUGUAGUAUGUUCUGAAGGUUGAACACAG